GAAUAAUCAAUACGUUUCCAUCGUUCUUUAGAAUACUAUAUCCAUUGCAGAACGCUAAGGACAAUAUAAAUGUCAGUCUAUUAAAAUUUUAUUGUUACAUACUUUCUUCAAAGUUCGAAAUGCUAAAGUUAUGAAGACUAAUGUUAUUUUAUAAGUAAUAUUUCAAGUUAAUAUUCGACCUGUAUCAUGCACUGCCAUGUCGGUUUUUUGUCCAUUUAAAUUGCGUAUCUUGAUGUGGGGAGGAAAAUUGACAUAUGGUGAAAAUUAAUUUAUAUCGUAUUUACAGUGCGAGCAUUGGCCCCAGUACACCAGAAAAUCUGGGAUGACUUCGAUGUCUGGUCUAUAAAGCAGGUGCGAUGGCCGGCUAAGCAGGAGAGGAAGUUAGUAGUUUCAGGUCAAGCUUUAAUCAUGGUUCAUGGGUUCGACUCCCAGAAAGGGAAAAUAAUUUAUUGUUCCAUCUGGGUUUCGCCAAAUAUCUCCAGCUAAAAAUAGUUUCAAAGUACUCAAGUAUAUGCUAUCAAAGUAAUAUAAGCACGCGAACGCUUACCAAAUAAAAUCUUUUAUUAUCUUGAUCUAGGUUCGUCCAGUCAAUCGCCGUCAAUGAAUAACAUUAUUAUCAUUAUCGGAACCGUGGCGGCAGUCGUAGUUGCCAUAAUAACAGCAAUGCUUAUCGCGGGUUGCUUUCUCUUUGGAAGAAAACAAGGAGAGGAGAACAGGCGAGACAUUCGUAACAUUCGCAAUGCUGCUUAUCAAAGUGACAAUCGAUAUAUCAGAGAACUACCACCAGUACCCGAAUACGACGUUGGUUAUCAACUGCCAAUAGAAUGUCUACAACAUGGAAGUCCAAUCGAUGCAUUGAAUAUGUAUGACAAUCCAAGCAACGAAGUUCCUGACGAAUCUCCGUACGUAAUAAUGCCUGAAGAAUUAUUAUCAAAACGUAGCUAUUCAGAAAUCGCAUAAUAUGUUGAUUGUUUUUAAGAAGUAACAACAGGCUUAAUCUUAGUAUAUUCACAAUGGGGUAGUCGCAAUUUAGUAAACAAUGGUAAAUAAACUACUUGCUCAGUAAAUCAAAACGAGGCUUUUCAUAUACGUAGUUUUAAUCCUGCAUUGAACCAUAGUGCGUUUUCGUCAAAAGAAUUAACAAUUUUCAAUUAUAUAAUUAUAUCUCGCUAUCAAACUUUCAACGCGCAAGCAUCUAGCCUAUGGGCUUUAUAGUUGGCUUUUCAAAAUACGUGACAUUCUUCUGAAGAUGACUUAAUUUAAUAAUCGAAACGUAAAGAAGAAAAAUGUUUACAAUUUUCAUUAAUGAAUUUGUCCAAUUUCAUUAAAUCAAAUUAUUCGUUAUUGACAAGUAAUUCAUGUGAAACUAAUUAGCCAUUCCGAAGUUGAUGAGUGGACUGGCAACGAGUGUUAAAAAGUGCCCAAAUUAGGAAAUGAACCAGAUCGCUAAAAAGACCAGCUCAAAAUUAGUCAGUAUGCAAAGCUUGGAGACGUUUACAUCCGGGCCUUCUUUGAGGAUUUUCCCUUUGGGGGGGGGGGCUAUUUUUUUGAAAAAGGACCUUUCUGUGAGAUAAUAUAUUAGAGGGUAUAGCAAUGGCGGAAUGCCAUGUGUGUGGCCGAAACACCAUGCAUGAAUAAAGGGGUCAGGGGGCAUACUCCCCCGGAAAAUGUUUGAAAUUUGAAGUCCUUAAAUGCAAUUUCCUGCAUUCCGAGCAUCCAAAUUUGAAAUAAAAGAAGGAAAAAAAACGCACAAAAAGUAAAAAAAUAUUAACCAGAAUUUAUCACCUAUUAGAAGGGGAUAGCAAUGGCCGAAGGCCACGUGUGUGGGGCAUACUCUCGCAGAAAAUUUUUGAAAUUUGAAGCCCAGAAAUGCCAUUCCCCUGCAUAUGCCGGGGAGCAAAAUGUGAUUUCGUGUGGGGCACAAGGGGGCCAUUCCCCCCCCUCCCACCUUGCAUGUUAAAAAAGACCUUGGUUUACAUGAAUGCCCUUCGAAUAUUAAGCUUUCGAAAAUGUUGAAACUUCUGAUUAUUAAAGACUGUUAAGUUUUUGAGACUCGCGUCCACAUAAACAAAAAUUACAGUAUAUAUUUCAUAGUAAAUAUCACGAUUUUCGAAAGCUUAUUAUUCGAAAAGUAUUCAUAUAAACGUUUUCAAACUUUGUAUACUUGCUAACUUUGAGGUGGUAUUUUUAGUAAUUUGGUUCAUUUCUUAAUUUGGGCACUUUUUAACACUCGCCUCCAGUCCUCCCAUCAACUUCGGAAUGGCUAAUUAAAAACUCUGGCGAAAAUUCUUGGAAAUUCGACUUUAAUAUUCCUAAUAAAUUAUUUGCAAGUUUGCAGGCGACAAUAUCUAUACUUAUUCAGAUACAAGUUUGGCUUACCUGAAUGUGAAUUACAUCUAGACCGCAAGCUGUACUUUAUUACAAACUUGGCUAUGUUCCUACCUAGAACAAUAAGUCGCAUAACAAUUCUUCAAUUAUUCUUCGUUAAUUGCAAUGCGCUGACCUGUCGUCUUCAUCGUUACCAUGAGAAACCAACACUAUUCAAAUAGUCGUAACUGACUGUAGCACUAAUAGUCGCUUUGUGUAGCCGCGUAGCUACAAUCAGUUUCAAAUAUCUUGGGACAGAUGCCACAAAAACCUUGAAUUUCAGCAAACGUCGAAUCUCCCACGUCCCUGUUCAACGUUGUGACCCAUUUCUCGUCAGAUUUGAUGUGAUUUUGUUAAGCUACCUUGAUUGGGGAGGGAGGAGAGGAGAGGGGGAGCGGAGCGGUAUUGUGUAUAACAAACUGUAAUGAUACACUUACAAUCUGAAUCUACAAUCCUGGCAAACAUUAUGUCGACACCUAACUUUUUUAACGCCAAUAUUAACAUUGAGACGUUGUUUCAUGAAAUUUGUUGCCCCCUACCCCUUAUUCAAUGUUGUUUCUCGCAUUUAGAUCUUAAAAGUUUCAUUUACCAAUAUUGAGUUGGGGGUAGGAGGGGAGACAUUUUCCGGGGGAUUAAUUCUUUAGAAAUACAGUGC